AUGGCCAUCAUAGUUCUCAUGGGUCUUUUGAUCCUAAUCCAAUCGACCAACAUGUCGAUGAUGACUACAGCUCAAUCGGACAUCGCGGCCGAUCUCGAUGCCUUUGCAGAGGCGACCUGGUUCACGGCUGCAUUUAUGAUUGCCAUGUCUAGUAUCACACCUUUAGCGGGACGACUGUCCCAGAUCUUUACCCCCCGUCUGUAUGUGAUCUUCUCGAGUGCUCUACUGGCAAUAGGUCUUUUCAUCACCGCGGCUGCACCAAGCCUGGCGGUCUUUCUUCUUGGACGCGUUGUGGCCGGCAGCGGCAGCGGUGGGUUGAUGAGUACGUCGAUCAUUCUGGCCCUGACUUUGGCCAGCCAGAAGCGGCGAGGGCUGUGUCUGGGGUUGAUCAGUUUGGGAUACACCACGGGCCUCGCCUCGGGUGCCGUUCUCGCUGGAUUGCUGACGCCAAUAUUGGGAUGGCGUUUCAUCUUUUGGAUCCAAGCUCCGCUCUCUCUUUUGUUAGGACCUCUUCUCUUUCUAGCAAUCCCCAGCCUACCGAAGAGCAACAUCGACAUCGACCACAGAGAGACAUUAUAUGGCUCUUUAUCCCGCAGUCUUGCACGAGUGGAUUAUGCAGGCGCCGCUGCACUGACCAUCUCGGUCGUUCUUCUGCUUUUCAGUUUGGCAUCGCCCACCGUGACUGCCGGGCCUAUUGUAUUGUCUCUGCUCUGCUUCGCAGGGUUUCUCGUGAUCGAGUCCCGCUGGACGGCUGAGCCCGUCAUUCCCGUGGGACUGUUGCGGACGCGCAGUGUCCUACUGACCUGCCUCGCCGGUCUUGGUCUGAUGAUGGCCCGGUGGGCUGUUUUGUUCUACUCGCCUGUCUAUGCCAUGGCAGUCCGGGGAUGGUCACCGGCGUCGGCCGGGCUGAUAUUGGUUCCAACUAAUGCCGGCUUUGGUCUCGGGGGCGUGCUGGUGGGAUGGCUUCACAUUCGCAAGGCCCGGAGCUAUUAUGGGUUUUGUCUCCUUUUCUUUCUCCUUUUCGUCCUUGCUGUCCUCACCCUCUCGCUGCUUUCGACGCCCCAAUCCCCGACGGCCGCGUACUUGCUCGCUCUGUUCUUGAACGGACUCUUCGCCGGUGCAGUGAUCAAUUAUACGUUGUCUCAUCUGCUGUAUCUCACCAGCCCAUCGAUGCAGUAUAUUGUGAGCGCACUGGUCGCCAUGUCUCGGGGAUUCGCAGCGAGUUUUGGGUCCGCGGUUGGCGGGGGUCUUUUCACCCGCAUUCUCAAGGCAUCGCUGGAAACGGGUUUUGCGACACAUGGGGUGCCGUCGCCCGAGCUGGUGCGCCAAUUGCUCGGUAGCCCCGCGAUGGUCCGCGGGCUGCCCGAGCCCGAGCGGCUCAUCGCCAUGCAAAGCUACGAACGAGCCAUCCGGAUCCUCUUUCUCGCGGGCAGCGUUCUCGCACUGGUCGCCGCGGUGGUUCAGGCUGGAACCGGGUGGACCCCCGUGGAAAACCCGGGCAAUGAGGGCGAGGACAGUGGGCAAGUCACUUGA